AUGAUCCCAGCUUUGCAGAUGCCGUCACCCCGGAACCUCCUGCGCUGCCCAACCAUGGUCAACCCUACCGUGUUCUUUGACAUUGCCAUUGACGGCGAGCCCUUGGGCCACGUCUCCUUCGAGCUGUUUGCAGACAAAGUUCCAAAGACAGCAGAAAACUUUCGUGCUCUGAGCACUGGGGAGAAAGGCUUUAGUUAUACAGGUUCCUGCUUUCACAGAAUAAUUCCGGGAUUUAUGUGCCAGGGUGGUGACUUCCCACGCCAUAAUGGCACUGGUGGCAAGUCCAUCUGUGGGGAGAAAUUUGAUUAUGAGAAUUUCCUCCUGAAGCAUACGGGUCCUGGCAUCUUGUCCAUGGCAAGUGCUGGCCCCAACACAAACGGUUCCCAGUUUUUCAUCUGCACUGCCAAGACUGAGUGGUUGGAUGCCAAGCAUGUGGUCUUUGGCAAGGUGAAAGAGGGCAUGAGUAUUGUGGAAGCCAUGGAGCGCUUUGGGUCCAGGAAUGGCAAGACCAGCAAGAAGAUCACCAUUGCUGACUGUGGACAAAUCUAACAAUAAAUUUGACUUGUGUUUUAUCUUAA